AUGUUUAAGCAAGAACAAGAAACCCACCAGAUUGCAUCGUUCUGCCUGUCCAAAGGAAUCGAAUGGCAUUUUAUUCCGGCAGAUGCUCCUGAGUUUGGAGGUAUAUGGGAAGCUGCUGUGAAGUGUAUGAAGAGUCACCUGAAGCGAAUAGUUGGAAUUACGCUUUUGAACUUCGAGCAAUAUGUAACUAUUCUAGCGGAAAUUGAGGCGAUCCUGAACUCCCGUCCGCUUUUUACGACAUCAGCACCGGAUAACUUUGAAGUAAUUACCCCUGCUCAUUACGUCAUCGGUCGUCCACUCACCGCAAUUCCAGAGCCCUCAUGGAAAAUCUUCAAUCAAGCCGUUUGGAUAAGUGGCAGCACCUCAGAGCUUGCGAAACCACUUUUGGAAGGCCUGGUCUCGUGA